CUGGAUGACUGAGAACCUUCACAGACAUAAAGAAGUUUAAAUACACAUUUAAUCCGUUAGAUAUUUAAAGAAACAGAAGUGUAGUGUCAGGCUUAAAUUAUAAGAAACAAAUGUGUAAAAUUACUGAAAAGCUUCUGUUAGCUAAUAGCCCAGGCUGUCAUGUGAUUAUAAAACAGAAACAUCUUGUUAAAGGAUAAACUUUUUAGGUUCAAAGCUUAAAGGUGGGGCUUUUGUUCUUUUCUUUUGAAUGUAUGAAGAGUCCGCCCUGGGUAGCCUGGAUAUAGCUGGGAAAAUGACCCAGAUGAUGACUAAAUUUAGAAAAAGACUAUCAUGUGACUCAGAAUGCCUUUGGAGUAACCAAAAUGGGCAUUUCCUCCUCUGCAAGCAGGUUAAUGAGGUCUGGGAUGUGAAUUAUACACGCAGACCAUCUAAUUAGCUGUAUUAAUUAAAGCACGGUUGAGGCAGGCAGCGCUCACAUUUAUCAGCUGUAGAUUGAUUAGCUACGUUGGGGACAGAUGUUUUGGAAGGGAUUACACUCACAAGUACUUCACAAGUUAUCUCGGCUGAAAUGUCCAUAGACAGCUGGCAGGCAAGGCUUUGCGAGAUGCCAGCAGAUUUCUAGAUUCCUUGCAAAGGUCUAGAAUGAAAGAAUGAAUAGGACGGGUGAGAUUAAAGGUGGCAGAGGACUGCAAGGAACAAGAGCUGAUAAUGUUCUUCAGUGUUGGGUUUCAAAUCUAAGACCCAGGCCAAAUGUGUUCCUUCGCUCUUAGAUAAAUAAACGAGUUAUCAGUGACUGUGUUUAUAUGAACCAUACUGAUGACACUUAUCUUUCAUUGGCCUUCAGCUUUGAACCUAAAAAGUUUAUUCUUUAAAAAAUCCUGAACACAUUCACUGCGUGUAUAAGAGAACUAAAUCUAAAAUAAUCCACAUGUAUCAGCUUCUGUCGCAUUUCAGACGAGACCAGAGGUCAGCUAGAUUCAUGGUGCAGAGGUACCAUUUAUAGAAAGUGCUCAGUGUGUCACAGAUGUGUGCCAACAAAGCACUUUACAGUCAGUGUCACCUACAGGCACAGACAAUGCACCUGGUUCUAGCUCUAUUUACUGUACCUGUGUCCAGGAGAAGCACAUGUUUCAAUGCGGCAUUCAGUGGCUGCGCUGCAGCCCGGAGCCUUCUGUGCCUUUGAACACUAAAGCUUAACCCGGCAGUGCUGACAGGCUUUCUUAUUUCCCUGUGCAAUGUGGGAAUAAAAGGGUGGUGUGAGCAGUGGUGUGACAACAAACUUCCUUCUGUCCUCAGAGCAUCUGCUGUGUGUGUGUGUGUGUGUGUGUGUGUGUGUGUGUGUGUGUGUGUACAUAUUUGCAAUCUGAUGACUCGUUAUAGCAUAGCAGGUAGGUUUACAAGCUGUAGUUAUUUGUGUUGUCAGACAGAAUAGGGAAUGAAAAAGGGACAUUUCACUGCAAAUUAAUUUGGCCAUUUAAAGCAGCAGCAGCCAGCGAGGAAGCUUUUCUGACUCAGUCAUACUAAACGAAUCCAGACAACACGGUGCACAUCGACUGUACAGACAUUCUCUUAUUAACCCUGCCUGCUUACUGCUGUGAAUGCUUCGAGUAAUUUGAAGUCAUUAGCUCGAUGCUGGACUGAAUUAUCACCGUUCCCAUCUUCAGUCUAACACUGCCUCUUCUCUGAUGGCUAUGGAGAAGGGAAGUGAACAUUCUUUUACUAAUCUUUGAAGACCAGCAUAGCGGAGCACUCAAAGAAUGGUUCGGCAUGUGUCUCCAUCAAAACAACCAAGAACUGAGUGAUUAAAACAUCACUGUUGUACCCUGAGUGACUUAGUAAUCGUUAGCCCCCCCAUGGAUCGGGGGGGGGGGGGGACACAGCUAGGUCAGUUAGUGAAUUAGAACAUCUGAAUAAUGAUUAUUCAGCCUGAAUAAUCACAGUAUUAACAAAGAAGGUGUUUUUUGGAUUCACAUUUGCCCAUCAUAUUAAAUGUAAACAGAACAGGGCAAUGGUGAAAAAAACCCAUCCUAGAAGCCACUGACUCUGCAGCAGCUUCAGGGGAGUUUGAUUAAGUAACGUGAUCAUCGUUUUUUUACUUUUUAUUCUGAAGGUCAUGAACAAACUCUAGACCUUAUACAUUUGUGAGCAAAACUUGCUUCAGUGCAAAAGGAAAUGUCAAAAAUUAAAACUUUGAUAACUGGCUAAUCGACAUUUGCUGAAAAAAUAACAGCUACUGAUUGAUUUCUUACUUUCUAACGUUCAGACUAAGAUGUCUGCUGACCACAUGGCAAUCAUGUAAUACGUUUAUAAUGGACUGAAGCUGAAUAUGAGUCCUACGUUUAUACCCUAAUUUUCUAAAUUACUGUUAAAUGUUUUGAUGCAGCUUUGACCUCCUCAGAAUUUGGCAAACAUAAACACUCAACAGUUUAAAUAUUUUCCCAACCCUGCCUCAGUGCUGGCAGAGUAGAUGAAUCAAACUAUUAUCUGGCAAUCCCACCUUUUCAUUCGCAGUGGCUGUCAUGCUGGCUAACAGCAGUGAUGCCACAGCUGCUUCCACCGCAAGACUUUGCUGCGUUAGCCAGGAGUAUUGGUAAGAGGUUGAGCUUAUCAUCUGGCAUCUGUGCCUUAUAAAAGUCUAUUAUUUGCCAUGUUAACUACAUUUAUUUUUAAUCCUUUUAAUUUGUUUCUGUGUCUUCCUUAGUUGUUGUGAGGGCAUGAAGGGAUCCUUAUCCUCAUAUUUCUUCCUGUAAUUUACCUUCAUCUGCUGAUGUCAAAGGAUUGAACGAAGACACUAAAUUCAGCUGGAGAAAUAUUUUGACAAUAAUAAGUAUGGUAGACGUCAGAGACAUGCCACCCCAGUGACUAAUCCCGAGUAAGGUUGAAAAGCGGUGAAGUGUCCCUUUGAAUCUGAAAUAAUGACUAAGAGACGCAGCAAGAGAUUGAGCUGAAGUGAAAGAUGAGAUGCGGAACAUAAGGGCUGUUUUCAAGCUAAGAUGCGGCUCCCCUACCCAUCCCGAGGAGAGGGAGUGGGAGGGGCUCAGCUUAUUCGUUAUUAAGUACUUACAGGCUGCUGCUUUCAUACACACUCACAGGGCACAGAUUGAGUGAGAGAGAGGGAGGCAGAGAGAGAGAGGGAGGAAGAAAGCAGUCGGCUGAAGGAAGCGUAAAGGAAAGCAGCGACUGCACCGGUCCAAUGCCUGCUAUCUGAACCGCUCUGUGUUUCUGUUUGUGUGUGUAUGUGUUGCUGGUUGGGAUAUUCGCUUGCACACUAGCUGUGUGGGGAAGAUCGGAUUGUAUCCCGAUACCCUUCGACCUUCCACCUUUAAGUUUUCCUUACCCACCCCUCACUCCUUCCCUCCCGUCGGGGGAGCUCCUGGCGGCCCCAUGAUGAAGGAGGAAGGCCUGCUUAGUCGUCGCCGUUUCUCCACGUGCGGCGGGACGGCAUCGCUUCGACCUCCACACCCGGACGGACGCAAACUCAUCCGCAAUGCCUCGUUCGGGGGCUAUAAUGAGCUGUCACCCAUCUCGCUGCCAGGUUUUGAGAGAGGGAAGGAGGACCUCUUGCCACUGCCUUUGAAAGAGGACUCUCAUUCCAUAUCUAAGAGCAAGUCUGAAACAAAGCUGUACAAUGGUUCAGACAAGGAUGUGUCGGCGUCUGGGGGGAAGCUCACCAAAAAGGAGUCCCUCAAGGUGCAGAAGAAGAACUACAGGGAAGAAAAGAAGAGGGCAACCAAGGAGCUGCUCAGCACCAUCACUGAUCCUUCUGUCAUCGUCAUGGCCGACUGGCUAAAGAUCCGUGGCACUCUGAAAAGCUGGACCAAGCUGUGGUGUGUGCUGAAGCCAGGCGUCCUGCUCAUCUACAAAACUCACAAAAACGGACAGUGGGUGGGAACGGUGCUGCUCAAUGCCUGCGAGCUCAUCGAGAGGCCCUCCAAGAAAGACGGCUUCUGCUUCAAACUCUUUCACCCCUUGGAGCAGUCCAUCUGGGCUGUCAAGGGUCCUAAAGGAGAAGCAGUUGGCUCCAUCACGCAGCCGUUACCCAGCAGCCACCUCAUUUUCCGUGCUGCCUCUGAGUCUGAUGGCCGAUGCUGGAUGGAUGCCUUGGAGCUGGCCCUGAAGUGCUCCAGCCUGCUGAAGAGGACCAUGAUCCGUGAGGGGAAGGAUGACAUGAGCACUGUAGGCACUGGUGGGGAACACUCCAUUAAUUUCUACAGCCUCCUCAGAGCCCACAACAUACACGGUUUCCAGUUCAAUGACAGCGACCAUUUGAAAGACCCGGACCUGUACUCGGACAAGUCAGAUCGGGAAGGAGAGCAGGACCACGAGGAGUCAGAUCCAGAGGGGCUGGAGAAAAGUGAGGAGAGUGACAGCGACACAUCAGAGCGUCAGGACGACUCGUACAUUGACCUGGACCCAAAUGAGCAUCUGCGUGAAACCCCAUACCUGGAACAGUCCCAGGAAGAGUUAGGAGAGGCUGGUGAAGCUGCUCAGACAGAAACUGUAUCAGAGGAGAACAAGUCUCUGAUCUGGACCCUGCUGAAGCAGGUUCGACCUGGCAUGGACCUGUCCAAGGUUGUGUUACCCACUUUUAUCCUGGAGCCAAGAUCCUUUCUGGACAAACUCUCUGAUUACUACUUCCAUGCAGACUUCCUGUCAGAGGCUGCAAUUGAAGAGAAUGCCUAUAACCGGAUGAAGAAGGUGGUAAAGUGGUACAUCUCUGGAUUUUACAAAAAGCCAAAGGGGUUGAAGAAGCCCUACAAUCCCAUUAUUGGAGAGACGUUCCGCUGCAUGUGGCUCCAUCAGAAGACCAAUAGCAAGACCUUCUACAUGGCAGAACAGGUAUCUCAUCACCCUCCAGUAUCAGCCUUCUAUGUCAGUAACAGGAAGGACGGAUUCUGCCUCAGUGGAAGCAUCCUCGCCAAGUCCAAGUUCUAUGGAAACUCGCUGUCGGCUAUACUGGACGGGGAGGCUCGCCUCACUUUUCUCAACCGAGGGGAGGACUAUGUGAUGAACAUGCCCUACGCUCACUGUAAAGGUAUCCUAUAUGGAACCAUGACUCUGGAGCUAGGUGGUCAUGUCACCAUUGCUUGUGAGAAAACAGGCUACAGUGCACAGCUGGAGUUCAAACUGAAGCCUUUCCUGGGCAGCAGUGACUGUGUUAAUCAAAUCUCUGGAAAGAUCAAGCUGGGAAAGGAGGUGUUAGCUACACUAGAAGGACACUGGGAUAGUGAGAUCUUCAUUAAUGAUAAGAAGACUGGGAUAGUGGACACUUUCUGGAACCCCACGACGGAGCUGAGGCAGAGCCGACUGACUCGUUGCACCGUCCCACUAGAGGAGCAGGGAGAGUCUGAGUCAGAAAGACUGUGGCAACACGUGACACGAGCCAUCAACAACAAGGACCAGACCGAAGCCACCAAUGAGAAGUUCAUACUGGAGGAAGCUCAGAGGAAGUCGGCGCGUGAGCGGAAAGCCAAAUGUGAGGAGUGGAGUCCUGCCCUGUUCGAGCAGGACCCCAUCACCGGAGAGUGGCAUUACAAAUAUGCCGACACAAGGCCUUGGGAUCCACUCAAUGACCUGAUCCAGUUCGAGAAAGAUGGCUGUAUCCAGACCAAGGUCCGACACCGCACCCCUAUGGUAACGGUGCCAAAGAGGAAACACAAGAGUGACAAGCCCAAGAGUCCAGAGAGCGGCUGCUCCUCACCUGAACCCGACCACCAGGACUCAUCCGGCAGCGAACGACACAAAAGCAAGCAUAACAAUCGGCUGAGGAAAAAAGGAGCAGACCUCAGCGAACUUCAAAGUGCCAUUGAAUCCAUAAAGCAGACGCAGGAGGACAUUAACAGGACCAUCACCGUGCUGCGGAGUCGUGCUGCGAGUCGGGUGGAGGGCAGCUCCUUCCUCCAGCAGCGUGACUACAUCAUCAUCAUUUUUCUCAUCUUCCUUCAGGUCCUGAUCAACUACAUCUUCAAGUAGCAGCCAUACUCCCAGAGACAGUGAUGUCCUCACACAAACACGCCCUCUGAGCUUCAUGGGGGCGGACUCAGACUUUGACCUCUCACAGUUAGUGACUUCAACAGUCCUCUCCAACUCUCUUCUCCUCUGUCUUUAUUAGACUCACUUACAUGUAUCCAGAAAAGCAGACUCUUCAACACAAAGAGAGACUUUUUAAAACAUAUUUAUUUGGAACCAGUCUUUUGGAAAAUCUGGAGAGAUCCUCAGAUUUCAAAGUGGAGAGGAGCAGCGGUAAGGAGAAGUCAAAGGCGAGAGUUUGGUGUGAAUAAAUGUUGACUGCCACCUGGAGGCGUGUUGAUUUGCCUUGAUGUAAGCGGCAGAGACAGCAGCCAUUUUUAACCUGUUGUUUGUUUGUUUUUCUGAUGGAGUGAAAUCACUCUGUCGGUUCACAUUUCACCUCAAACAGGUAAUCGUUUACCACACAAUCAAGGACCACAACUCAGAUCGUAACAGAGGACAAAUAGAUCUCUGAUUUUAAUGUUUUUGUUUUUAUUCUUUUGCGUCUUCACUUCGCGUAUCCUUUGUGAGUUGAUGUCUGCUCAGAGCAGAAAACUAGCGAUGAGGGAGACGGGGCUGGGGGACGCAGUCCAGUCUGUGGGACUUUUUUUAUUGUAACGGCUGGAGAUUCCACACGCGGAAGUGGCAACCGCGACAGAAAACUCACAAGGGACAUUGUCGUAAGGAAUUAAAGCUAUAAUUUCUGCUGUAUAAUAAAACUCCACAUUUUGCAUACAAAGUCAGUGUUUAAAAGAAAAGUCAGACAUUUGACACAAUGUCAGUGUAUACUGUAGGUAGCAUGUACAGACAGGAGCAAGGUUAGGACACUAGCCCUAUGUAUUUUGUAUUUUGUUUUAAGGCACAAAUGCACUGGAAAUGUCAGAUGUUUGUAUGAUUUAUACACUUUUUAUCUGUGGACAUGAAAAUGCUUUUACACUUCUUUCUCAUCAACAGGAGGAAAAAAAGAUGCAUUUCUUUUGGCCGUUUCAGUGAUCACUGCCCUAGAUUUCAGGUAAAAGCAGGUGACAUGUUUUUAUCUGAGAGCUCACUGUAAGAAGCUGGAUUUAGCAACUCUAAUGAGUCAGCCAGGCUGAAUGAUGUAGUCGCUCCUCUCAAUGGAAGAGCGCAGGAAUUAACUUGACUUUCUUUGCCGAGAUAAGCGAUGGGAUUGGCCAGCAGCUGCUUGGUAAAAAGAGCUAGCGUGGGUAAUGGUCUGACCAGAAAAGCUCACUAGUCAACAUGUUUUAUCUUAUUGCUUUUGCACAAAAACCAAAGUGUAUAAGAGUCCAUAAAACCAGCAGGGGACCUGAGCGGUUCCCUUCUGUGGCUCAGAAUUGGUAAUAAUCCACCAGCCUUCAAAGAGCUGGUCAGCUCUUUAGAGCCCCCUUUGGUGGUAUUUGAUCUUCUUAAUCUAACAUACAGCAAAAAACUGAGCGGGUAUAUUUCCCAAACUGAGCUGGGACUACUCCUUCAGAGAAAAUAUUAAAAUUGCAUACAUGAGCUGGCCUAAUGGUCUCUAUAUGUGAAUACAGCCUCCAGAUCAGGCUACAGUUGAGCAAAGUUGCCACUUCGUGCAGCGCCUUCAUGACGAGUCCAGUUGAGAACAUCAGUCACCUCGUUCCAGUGCUUUUGAGCCCCAAAUACUAACCAGGACAACUACAGUAGACUCUUUAGUAAGUUACUAGUAAGAGGAGGAUGUAGACUCCUAAACCGUCUUCAUAGUAAACCAUUCCAAACGUACGCAAGUACCAGCCAAGCUCAGUGUGUAGCGUAGGAGUCGAUCCUUUUCACUGUGUAAAUAUCUAACGGCAUUUCAACACCGAGGUUUGCAAUACAGACACUCGCUCUGUGCACAAACCAUUGCUUUUAACCUUGUGUGUCAGUCUCUCCACUGCUCUGUAGAUACAGAGGGAUGUAGGUCGAUACAAAAAAGAAGUUAAUAUUGGGAUGCACAAUUAGAACUCCCAUUUAAAAAAAGAGAGAGAAAAAAGGAUCCCAGGGACCUCGAUGUUACAGAGGUGUAGAAGUUACAUUGCGGUUCUAGUCUGUUGCCUUUGUCUUUGGACGUGCGGAUGCUGAAAUUAGUCUCAGAGAUGGUUCGAAUGACCCCCGCACUCAUCCAGCUUUACAGUUUAAAAGGUUACAGCCCUGUGAGGACUGCGUUUAGCAUUACCGCACAUAAAAACAACUCCCAGCAAUCUGCUAGCAGUAGCAGUGGUGUAGUCAUAUGUGAUUGAUUCGAGGAUGAAGGCAGCACAUCAGAACCC